GCUUCUAGAGGGACCAAGAACCCAGCACCCGAAAGCUAAAAGACGUAAAAUCUCGAGAGCAAUGGAGACUGAUGAGAUAGAGGAGAAACAUUCGUCGGACUCAAACGAACUGGGAAGAAUUCAAGACUACGUUUUGAAAUCCCUACUUAGCGAAGGCAGCAGAGGAUCAGUGUCGAGGGUGUGGAAGGCGAGGCACAGAGAAAGCGGGCAAAUAGUUGCUUUAAAGCAAAUCCAACUCUCAAAGCUUACCCGCAGCCUCAAGAACUGCUUGGACUGCGAAGUCAACUUCUUAUCCUCUGUUAAUCACCCAAAUAUCAUCCGUCUUCUCGGUGUUUUCGAGUCAAUGGACGUCUUUCAGGCUGAAGGCAGCAUUUUUCUCAUCCUGGAGUUUUGUGCUGGGGGCAAUCUCGGUGCUUAUGUCCGGAAUCAUGGUAGAGUGCAAGAAUGCAUAGCUAAAAGAUUCAUGCAACAGAUUGCUGCUGGAUUAGAGGUGCUGCAUUCACACCUAAUCAUCCACCGUGACUUGAAGCCAGAGAACAUUCUGUUGUCAAGCUCUGAUGGUGAUGCUCUGCUGAAAAUUGCUGAUUUUGGACUCUCAAGAAUUUUGCACCCUGAUACCUUUGCUGAGACAGUCUGUGGGUCUCCAUUAUACAUGGCUCCAGAAAUUCUUCAAUUUCAAAAAUAUGAUGAAAAGGUUGACAUGUGGAGCAUUGGUGCAAUUCUUUUUGAACUUCUUAAUGGCUACCCUCCUUUUCAUGGUAGGACUAGUGUUCAGCUUUUGCAGAAUAUCAAGGAAUCUUCAUAUCUUCCCUUUUCUCAGCUGGUUCUUUCUGAGUUGCAUCCGACCUGUGUUGAUUUAUGUUCUAGACUGUUGUCUGUCAAUCCAGAGACCCGGAUGUCCUUUGAUGAGUUUCAUGAGCAUGACUUUUUGGAAAUUCAGAAAGUGGAGAGAUAAAAGCCAGCAAUAAGUGGUUUCUAUAUGUUGAUGUCAUUAUGAUGGGUUGUCUGCCAAGAUCUCAGUUGUGAAGCUGCCAUUUCCUGA